UUGUAGUAUAGUCAUAUAUAUGUAUUUACACAAUAUAAAGUUGUUGAAAUUCCUAACUCCAUGGUUGUUGGAACGAGAUUAUGACAGUUUGACAGAGCCUUAAGAUUUGAAGAGAUUACUUUCUGAAGACAUAUGACUACCAUUUAAUUUGUGUGCUCGAAUAUUUUAUUUUUCUUUAAAGUUUUAUCUUCCACCUCUUUAGAAUAUAUUUUUGUUUUAUGAAAUGUCAAAAACUAUUUCCGGCAUGACUUAUGAAAAUAUUGGUACAUUUACUUUUCUUGCUUUGGUGCUGUUUCGUGGGAUUGUCCAGUGAUUAGAAGGCUGUGGGCUAAAUUGUUACGUUCAGAAGUGAUGAAAAUGGAGGAUGUGAAGUGCUUCUAAAGAAUUUGUGUAGCCCAGCCUAAGUUAUGGGCGAUCAGUUAUUUAUGUUUCAAUAUUAAUUAUAUACUUUAUUUCCAUGAAUUCUCACAAAUAUAAUACGUGUAGAGAAGAUGACUGUUCUUUCAGAAGAAAAUGCUGCGGGAGAGUCUAGUAGGGCCCCACCGAGGAAGAAAAUUUGUCUCUCUCUUGGUGGUCAUGGGAAAUUAGUAAGAACGCCUUAUAACGAAUUGACACAUGCGAGAAGAGGGUGCCUGGUUUUGCCGGAGCGAUAUCAAGAAUUGGGGUAUUCCUCAUCUCCUAGAAGUUCUAGGAGUAUAACCUCCAAGGAUAGAGAUUUAUUGAAUCCCUUGGAAGGAGACGCCACCAUGAAUGGCUACCUGGCCGGGGACAGCCACAAGGGCUCGGCGGACGAGAGCCCCGGGAGCGACGCGGGCGCGGGCUGCUCCCCCGUGGCGACGCUCUGCAACCUGGGCAACACCUGCUUCCUGAACAGCGUGCUGUACACGCUGCGCUUCGCCCCGGCCUUCCUGCACAACCUGCACCACCUGGUGGCGGACCUGGCUGAGGUCAGCAGCCGCAGCCAGCUCAUGAAGAUCAAGUCGUCGUCGCUGGGACGCAACAUCAGCGCCAGCAGCAGCAAGAGCUGGAGCAGCAAGGACCUGCUGUCGCUGGGCCCGGGCGUGCUGGACCUGCCCUUCAAGUCGCGCAUCCAGCUGGCCACGGAGCGGCUUCAUGAGCUCUACGAGAGCCUGCACGCCUCGGAGCUGAAGGACCGCAGCGAGCCCUUCCAGCCCGACGUCUUCCUGCACGCCCUCAGGGAGGUGAACCCCAUAUUCGAAGGCAACCAGCAGCACGACGCGCACGAGCUGCUGGUGUGUCUGCUGGACAACAUCCGGGAGACGUGCCGCCUGCUGGCGACGCAGGCCCAGGCGUCGCAGCUGCUGGGCGAGAGCGUCAACGGCCUGGCGGACCGCGAGCCGGGGCCCCCGCCCCCUGCGCCGGGGGCCAAGGGGUCCUCGUGGACCGUGCGCAAGUCCUGGAAGCUCAAGAGGAGCAGCUCCUCGGCCUCCAAGAACGGCCUGAGCAACGGCAGCGCGGUGCUGCUCAAGGAGCCGGAGCAGGCCCUGCUCAAUGGCGGCCAGCACCUCUCAGGCAUAGCGGAGACGGCGGACGCCGCGGCGGGAGGAGAGAGCCAGCGAGGCGGGGAGGACACAGAGGCAGGCCGCAAGCGGGCCGUGGGCUACAACUUCGUGUCCGCGGACUUCGAGGGGGUGACCAUCCUGCGGACGAGGUGCAUGGAGUGCGAGCACGAGACGGAGCGCAAGGAGACCUUCAGCGACAUCUGCGUGCCCAUCACCACGGACACCGCCGGCUGCCCCGUCGAGGAAGUGGACGGCCCGCAGAGGGUGAGUGAGGUGUACCAGGCAGCCAUAGUGACGAGUGAGAACCUGCGAGAUGGCAACAAGUACUGGUGCGAGCAGUGUCUACGCUACAACGAGGCCCGACGCUCUGUAUGCUACGAGACCUUGCCCCGCCUGCUCGUACUGCAGCUCAAGAGAUUCUCCUCAACAUUCGGGUCGAUGGUGUGCAUGUCGAAGGUAAACGAUUACAUGCCGACGCCUUUGAGGCUGGCGUGCUUCUGCGAGAAGUGCCUGCUUCUGCCGGAGGAGGAGCGGCCACAUGAGUACGAGCUGUACGGCGUGAUCAUGCACCUGGGCGCGACCAUCGCCUCGGGCCACUACGUGGCGUAUGUGCGCGCGUCGGAUGGGGAGCACGACUACCAUCACUGCGAGCGGGAUCGCCGCAAGGCACACAGUCUCACGGCCGCGGGCAAGCCUGCCUCCCAGGGCUCCGGCUCCGGGGAGAAGGUCGGGGGCCUUUUCAAGUUCCUCAGCCGGCCAAAGAGCAGUGCGGGGGGCAGUGCAGACCCCUCCGGCAAGCUGUUGGGCCCCAACACCGGCUACCGCUCUGCCAGGCUGGCGUGCCGCUCCAUGGACUGCUGCGGGGUGAAGCUGGGGCAGUCCCUCGCGGACGGGGACCCCGCCCCCCACCACGCGUACGCCUACGGCUCCCUCCGGGUCAACGGGGACGCCCCCUCCCCGGAGCCGGCGUGGCUGGAGUGCGACGACGAGACGGUCCGGGCUCUCUCCCGCAAGGAGUUCGAGGAUGUGCUGGCGCCCAAGCCUUCCAAGGUGUCUGCCCUCACCCCCUACCUUCUGUUCUACUCCCGCCGGAGCCGCGGCCGGCCCGUCUAGGCGCUCCCCUCCCCUCGGGACGGUCUCGCUCCAUGGCUGUACGUUGACGACACGACUUCAUUUUGUCUUUGUACAAACCGAAAGUUGUUAAACUUUGGCAAGAGUUUGUGUUCAGAGUUAUCGGUGUAUAAAUACUGGGGGAAAUGCUCAUGUACUUGUGCAUGUAGGGCGUUGUUUAAAGUUAUUCCCCGUAAGUAACGUAGCCGCAGAGGUAUUGUGCUCGACCGUGUAGGUGAGUUUGUGAUGCACGUAGCAAUGGUGGGAGGUGCUGUGCAUUUCACUUCCUUACAUUUAAUACUUGCUACAUGCAUCGUCAUGUAUACUUCCAUAACCGACCCGACAGUUUAGUUUUAGUUUUGAAAACUGUUUGGAAUAGUGGUCACAUUUCGUAGCUAACCAAACAGUUUUUUUUGGCCAGUUUCAUAGCCAAUGUAAUCAUAAUUACAUAAUUAUGAUCGUAGUUGUCUGAAUUGGUUAUCAAAGGAUGAUAAAAACUUCAUGUUGUGUUUGCCACAGUCAGGAUCAGCAGGAUUUGCUAGUUUCAAUAAUUAAUGCCUAUAUAGUGUUUUGAUGGGCGUGCGUAUUUCCAAUCUUCAAUUUGUAAGUUUCUGAAAACCAAAUGUCUCGACUUAUGACUUUCAAAAUUGUUUACGUAACUUUAUUUAAUUUUUUAUUAGUGUAGUUAAGUGUUUGUUCUGAUUAUGUUUCAUUUUGCAACUAUAAAUCUUUAUAAAUAAUGAUAUUACUUGUUUCAAUACACAGAGAUUUCAAUACCAGGAUUGCAGCAAGCUAUUUUCUAGGUAAAAUUUUACUAUUUUCAUAGUAGGUUUGGUUAGGAUAACUUUUAAGUUACUAAAAAAUUAGAGCAAAUAUAAACACAUUUUUUUUUUUUUUUUUUUGGAUGAAUAUUGAAUUUUACGUACAAGAUGGACUGUUUUGAAGAUACUAGCUUCCUGUUUGAUUGGAAUUAAUGAGAUGUAUGCUGAUUAAUGUGAUUGACGUGGCUCAUUUUUAGUAUUUUGGUUUUGACGCUAAUAUUGGGCCAAGGUUAACAUUUUAUUUUCAGAUGUUCACAAAUUUUUUUUUUUUUUGUUCAAUACCUACAUAAAUUACGUAUAUUUCAGAUAUGGGUAAAUGUUAAUAGCCUUUCUUUUUUUCUGAGAAAAUGGAAAGGAAUUACGUACUAGUGUUUUACAAAAGUUACUUUCGACCAACGGAAUCCACUCCACAAUACAAUAACUGUACUGUACUAACCGUGUGUUGCUGUUGGGAUGUAGUUUAUUGAAGUGAUGAUGGAGUGUCGCUUGAGCUAGGAGAUCACGGAAGACGUGGGCUGUGUACGGCUGCUAGGAGCUGCCGUGAAAUGGUUUGAUGGCGACGCUGGCUGUUCAGACGCGCACUUGUGAUGGUGCCAGUGCCCGUUUCAUCUGGUUCUGUGUUUGUUUCUCCAUGUACUAAACCCCACUCCGGCGACAGACUGUAACAUUCUGUAAUACAGACUAAAAUGCUGUUAGUAAAAAUACUACUGUUACUAAUACUAAAAAUAAGAGAUUUUUCCAUGUAUCACCCUGCUCUUUGAGUUAUUUAAUUUUCUUCCCCCCCCCCCCCCCCCCCCCAUUUUAGAGUAGUUUUUUUUAUAUAGUCAUUUCAAAUUGCUUUUAGUUAAUAUUUGCACCAGUUAUAUUCUACAUGUUACAUUAUUUUAGUAACAUAAACAAUCAUAAUUAAAACAUUUUACUUACAAAUUGUUACAUGGUUGAUUAUUGGAAGUUAAACUUCUGUUUCUCCAUGGAUGGGCAAAGUGUAAAACAUUACUUCAAAACCAUUUUCAUAAUACAUAUUUCUGCAUAAAGAUUUGGAAUUAUGUUAAAAAAAAAAAAGACCUAAUUAUUUGACCUGGCAGUUUAAACAAAGCAUUAAGUCACUUAAGUGAUUGAUGUGAUGUCUUAGUAAAGAUGCAGUUGUAUCAUGAGCUUGGGGAGAAACUUUUGUUUUAUCUAUGGGACAGGCAAAGAACUGGUAUGGUAUUUCAACUAGAGUGUGUGCAGUAUAACAUGAGCUCGUAGAUUAAUAAAAGUACUUAGAGUAGAUCGUAGGCUUCUGCGAACACUAUUUUUUAUAAUUCAAGUUGAAUAUCAUAAUUUUCACAAAUAUUGAAUAUUUUUUGAAUAGAAUUAUAACAAUCUGUGAAAUUUUUUUGUAAAAUGAUAAGUUUGAAAAUAGUUUUGUUUAUAGAACUGAUUAUAUACAUAAAGUAGAAUAUGUAUUAUCUAUAAUUUUAAAUCGUACAUGAUGGACUCUUUCCGUGAACGCAUUACCCGUGUGUCCCAUAGGUCUGGCAACAUAGCAUAUUUACAACUAGGCAACGGUGCAACCUGGAAACACACCAGUGUAUCAUUGCACUGGCACUGUUUUGUUUACUUAGUAACAAUCCAGACCUCACCGGCUAGCCACGGCCUGAAUUGCACAUACAAAAAAAAAACUUGAAUUUUUUUCUGGGCAUCAAGAAUAAUUUCAGUUCCAUUGAAUUUGACUUUUUGAGGUUAUGUACGUAUUUACCUUGAAGAUUGCUUUGAAUAAAUAAGUCACGAAUAAAGUUUGUUGAUUUAUUUCUCUGUUCAUCAAACAAUGAACACUGCCGCCAUUUUACCACACAGUAGCAUUUGCACUCUAAAACAACUAAAAGCUAGCAGACUAACAAAGCUUCUAAAAAAAAAUCAGGUUCAUCAUUUAGGGGACAAUAUUUUUUUCACAGUUCAUUAACGAAAAUCCCACGAUGCGACGCACAGUGCAAAGGGCAGACGGACAGUCAUCUGCUUGGCAUGGCCACCGAUUCACAAAAACCGCCCCCAACUGGGCCUACGCUGCUGCCUAUGCUCAAAAACUUCUAAUUAAAAAUGUCCUAAACAAUGUUCCUCAGCACGGUCUGAAUACAGACGUGAAGUUCUUCUCGACUGAACAUUAUGUGUUAAAUUUGGCGAGCCGCCACUGAAUGCAGAUUCCCGAGCGACGACUGACGACGAGUCCACGAAUCUGCGUCCACCGUACCAGGAGGAGACAGCUGCGUGACCUCACUGGCCAAUCAAAGCACAGCACUCGCAGAAACACAGCAGUAUUAAAAUAAUUGAACUCUCGCAUGAUGCUUUACUGGCAAAAUUACUCCAAGCAAAUAAUCACUUAGUCUAGUGACAUCAUUUUUAACCAAUCAGAAAAAAUACAUGAAAAAAAUAUUAGUCAAUCAUGGCACAUGGCAACAGCACUUCAACUAAUUCCACAGUCUUUUCUCACAGCUAACCCAACUCUCUCUCUCUCUCUCUCUCUCUCUAAUUAUUAUGUGCUUGGCAAACCAUUGCACCUGCCAGAUCAAACAAAUAACCAGUGCAUUAAAUGCCAAGGAAAAUUAUGCUAACUUUCAUUUAUGAAUAAAGGAAAAAAUAUAUAUACUUUUUCUUUAUUCGUAAAUUAGCGCUUGCAAAAUUUUCCCUGGUACACAAAAACCUAAUUACAGAAACGUAAAAAUAACACCCAGGGCCUUAUUCCCAUAAUGCAAGCCAAUCGUCGGAAUAAUUUAAAGAGCAUGAAAUAAUGUAAAUCAUGAUUGUAAAACAUAUUGCGAACACACAAAUACUUCUUGAAAGGAAUAAAAAGCUGGUAUUUAAAUGUCAGAAAACCUAACCAUAGUACUGAAUAUGAGAUAGCAUGAUAAAUUGUUAGUUAAACCAUUUAUCAAGUGGGAAGGGCACUGCUGCGUGAGAUACAAUAAAUUUAUAAAUAAUCUAAUUAAGCGGAAGACUGUAUGGUUGGCUGCUAGAUUUUAUGUGUGGCUCCUAAAUGUUCAGAGAUUUUGGAGAUGCCUGUUAAUAUGUUACUUUGGCUACAGCACAGGAAAAUAACGUAGGCAACAGGCAAUGUUGGUUGUCAAUUUAUUAUAGCCCAUUAAAUCAUUUUGGGUUAAGUCAUCCACGUAUUUCAUCUCAUGCCUAGUCUUGCGUAGCUUUGUGUGUAGAUUCUUGUGUAGCCGUGACAGGAGGGUCACAACUGAAAACGAAGAAAAAACAACAAGGGGUCUUUCCAGUAAGACCCACGGCAAUGGUGUGCUAGUGCUGCAAGAAAUAAUGUCAAUCGUAUGCAAAAUAACAUUUUAUUUAUAAAAAUAUAGAGGCAAAACAUACAUAUAUAUAUAUAUAAGUCGUUUACUAGCAAUAACUAUGCAUUCAUCGUGCAUUCAGGUGGGAAUUCAUACAAGCUAAAAUAUUGUUGAGAUUAAGUGGGUCAACUGGCGAUGCGUUUGACGUAGCACAAAUCAUAUGGGCCACUAGGCUAAAAGCAACAGCAAGAAGUAAAUAAAUUACAAUUACAAUUAUGACGCGGCUUGACAAGAAGUGUCCAAAACCAUCGUGGCGUGCCCAUAUACAACCGCAGAAAAGAAGUAUUACACAAGCUAGAAGUAGUACUCGGCGUGAGCAAAGAAAAAUAAAGCAAAGAAAUAAAUCAAGCAAUGACCUGAAGGGUCCAAGAUGGCUUACAAACAUUACAAAUCAUGGCAAAAAUGCAAAGGUGAAAGCGCGGCCACAACGCGCAGGCAAGAAUGAGAGAACAUAUUAAUUACUGAAACUAAGUUUCACAGCUGAGUACAUACCACAAACGCGACGCCAGCCCAAGUGACAGCCUUUGAGUCAGACGACCGAGAGACUGCGGCAAAUAAGCCUGGGUGCCGGGUUAUAUAGGCCAGGAACAACACACGUCAGAGUGCGCUGGUGGCGCGGCGGGGAAGGUAGGAAGAGGAGGUUGGAGAGGAAGGGGAAAGGAGGAUAGGGAAGAGGAAAGGAGGGGAAGGAAUGUUGAGCAGUGCCUCACUUGAGUGCAGAAAGACUUGGGCUAGUUCAUCUAAAUGCAUACAGCAUUGCCUUCAAUGGUUUCAACAAAAGCAUGCCUGUGUUGGCUAGUUUGAUUCCCGGAUGAUCGGAGGUGUUACCCCAGUUACUUUGGGAGAGUCCGAAAUUUUUUAAAGGAACAGCCCCUCAAAAGUCUACUUUCACGUGUGUCUGACAUAAACCAACCAAUAGCACUAAAACAAUUUUAAAUAAUAAAUUUUAUACAAUCUGAACGAACUUUGAAUGUGUGGUGCAGCAAAUUUUGGUUUUGUAAAAAAAAAAAAAAAAAGGGGGGGGGGGAGUGUAUGCCAUCGUCCCUUCCAAUGUACAGCUACUUGGGCAUUGCAUGUUGAAUAAAUUAAGGAAUUUGUGGAGUCUAGGGAAUUCUGGCAUUUAUUGCUAGGAAUGCAUUAUGAUAAUGCUGCCUUAACUCUUAAAUAUAAUAUACAGAUAAUAUAUUUUUUUAUUUACUUUACCAAUCUGUACAUAUUUGUUUCCACAGUUGUUUAUUUCACUAAAUGGGAUGAAAUUAAGAUAAACCAUAUUAAGGUCAGACAGCUUGUAAAACACUAGUGCGUGUGCUGUAUUGUUUAUUGGAAACAACAAAUUGUUUUGGUCAACUCAUAAUUGAGUGAUAAAAUGUGUAGAACUUUGUACUAGAAAUUUGUGAAGAUUAAACACUUUUUUUUUUUUUUUUUUAAAUUUACAGGGUUUGUUGUGUGAUAGUAUGGUGUAGAAAUUAUGUGUAAUUAUGUGUGUGUUAAAAAAAAAUUCAGAGUAAAUGUUUUUUAAUUCAGCAGAACACUAUGUGCUGACAUUUACAAGUAGCUUGUAACAAGUUACUGUAAAAAUGAUUGUGUGGAGUUUUGAAUAGUAUAUUGUCGAUUUUAUCUGCUACCGAUAAUACUUUAUAUGAACACUUUUGUUAUGUGGAAAAUGUAAAUUAAAUUAAUUUGUCGAAAUUACAGCAGUUUAAAGAAAAUAUUUGCAGGCUCUUGCCAGACAGUUGUGUAAUGUUAAGAAUAUGUAUAAAAUAGCAUUAAAAUUGUAGUUUUGUUGAAAAUAUAUGAGGGAUGAAUACUAAAUAGUCAUUAAUUAAAGUUCCAUAUUUUUAAACCUUUUAUUUAUGGAAAGACUAAACAAUAAAGAUCGAAGAAUUUUAUUUUAACACCUGUUGAUUACUUGACCAGAUGUUAGACAUACAACAUAGCUUACAAGUUGUGUUAGUUACUGCAGAGUGGAACAGUUUUCUGGUUGGUUUCCUUGCUUUAAAUGAACAGUCCACUGUCUCUUAUUGGCCGGUCAGGCUGCCGCGGGCAUCCACACUCAAUGCCUAGCCGUGGAAGAUGCAACUGUCAGCUCUCGGUUCCUCUGUUUGCGAUCAACUCGACAGCUCGUAACGAAUGGUAGGUUUGCUUUCUUCCGCGCGGAGUUACAGAACUCUGAAUGAGCAGUCGAACGUGGUAAAGGAGCGGGUACGGUCCCUAGCGGAGCGCGAGCGUUCAUUUUGCGGUUAUUGUGAAGUGGCAGACGCGUGUGUGUUUGAUUUUGAAGACUGUGGGAAAUACUUGGCAAUAAUUCUGUUGCUGUUUUUAUUUUUAUUUUUUUAUUGCAUGUGAUGCUCUCGUGAUAGCGUUCUUCUAUGCAUGAGCAAACAUCAGGUCUCUAACUGCAGGAGGUUGGCUGUCACGAAGAAAAAUAUUGCACAAAUGUUUAUUAUCUACACUUUGCUUGUAAUGGCAAUUUUUAUGAAUUAGUUUGUGUGUGCUUUGUAAGUGCCUAUUGUUUUUGACAUUGUACACACAAUAAUACCUGUUUAUUUUGUUGUGCACCCUGUACGUCUUCCCACCCAGUGGUUACAAUUUUAAUGUUUAUGCACAUUUUAUUUAUUUUUAAAGAUAUGUUUGACGUGAUCAAAUAACUAUGUGACCUUAAAGUUUACUGCAAAUUUUUGGAGAAAACUGUAUUGUUAAAGUUACGGAGUUACGGUGCAAGUUUUAGUAAUCCCAUUAAAACUAACCACAACAAAAUUAUGUGUUAAAUUAUCUAUUUUGUAUGCUGUAUAAAGAGUUUUUAUUUGAAACAUGUCUUAGGUUGAAUUAGUUGCAUCGAAAGUAUUUUGGAAUUUAGUAAGAAUAAUUAUGACUAAAAGGGGUGUUGGAAAUUGGGCAGUUACAUUCCAAUCACUGUUUUCAGAUGAACACUGUAGGGUAAGCCAUGUUAAGUUUAAUUUAGAAUAACUAAAUUAUAGCAAGUAGAGUUAUACGAUUAUAUUUAGUAACUCUUGUAACCAGAUGUAAAUUAAAAUAAUGUGCUUGAUUGUUGAUGGAAGUACAUAUUUAGUAUGUUAAUUUAUGAUUCUUGAAUAAAAUGAAGUUGGUAAUGA